AGCCGUUGGGGCUGAAGCGUCGUUUCGCAUUCGCUGGCCGCACAGCCGGGGAUCCUUUCCCCAGCAGCGACUCAACGGCCACGGCGCAGAACAAUCGAGAUUCCAUUGGGAGUGAGAAGGCCGCUGGGCCCACGAUACCUAGGACCCCAGCAGACCGCUGGAAGAUCCCAAAGGAGUAUGAGGUGAAGCAGCUUAUCGGCUCUGGCUCCUAUGGUAGCGUCUGCGAGGCCAAGGAUAAAGCCAAAAAUCGGCUGGUUGCCAUUAAGAGGAUCAAGCACCUCUUCGACGACCUGAUCGACUGCAAGCGCAUACUGCGCGAGGUCGCGAUCAUGCGGCAGUUGAACCAUGAGAGCAUCGUUCAGAUCUACGAACUUGUUGCACCCGAGGACACGGCAACGUUCGACGAGCUUUUUAUUGUGAUGGAAAUCUGCGAUUCCGACUUGAAGAAGUUAUGCCGCACGGACGUGCAGCUGGAGUUUGACCACGUCAACACGCUUCUGUACACCCUGCUAACAGGCAUCAAGUAUCUCCACUCUGCAGGGAUCUACCACCGCGAUCUGAAGCCGGCAAAUUGCCUCGUAAACCAUGAUUGUUCCGUGAAGAUAUGCGAUUUCGGCCUCUCGCGAGCCAUCGGGAAUGUGGCGCAGGGUCUGGAGGAGCUGCCCAACACCCCGCGCGGUGAUGACCAGGACGAUGCGCAGAAGCGUCCCGCAGUGCCCCACACGCAGCAGCUGAAGAGGAACCUCACUGGGCACGUGGUCUCGCGGUGGUACCGCGCGCCCGAGCUGAUCCUGCUCCAGGAGAACUACACGGAGGCCAUCGACGUUUGGUCCGUCGGCUGCAUCUACGCGGAGCUGAUGGGCAUGUUAGAGGGCACUAGGACCCAGGACCGAGGCCCGCUGUUCCCAGGCACCUCGUGCUUCCCCCUGUCCCCUGACCACAAGCACAAGAUGGACUACAAGUACCACACCCGCGGGAAGCACGACCAGCUCAACAUGAUAUUCACGUUGCUUGGCACUCCCUCCGACGAAGACAUGGAGAUGAUGGGCCGCGAGCGCGAGGACGCCAAGCGGUACCUCAAGUGUUUCGCGAAGCGAAAGGGAGAUGGCCUCCAGUCGAAGUUCCCGCACAUCAGCCCAGAUUGUAUAGACCUGCUCGGCGGCAUGCUGAAGUUUAACCCGCACAGCAGGAUCAGCGUCGACAAGGCCCUGGAUGUCCCGAUCUUCGAGGAGGUGCGGAACCCGACCAAGGAGACCACGUCCGCGAGUUUGAUCUCCCUCGCCUUCGACAGGGAGCCGGACCUCGACGAGGGCAAACUCAGGCAGCUCUUCAAGCUGGAGCUCGGCAAGUACCACCCCGAGGCGAAGCGGCCGGCGGAGCAGCAGCCGGAGGGCCCGGACGCGCCAGCCGAGGCGGCCCCGCGGAGCGGCGCCGGCCUCUCGCGCUGGUGCUGCCUGCGGGGGGCGAGCGGGGCCCAGCAGGGGCCGCCGCCCGCCGUGGAGCGGCCAACGCAGCCGCCGAAGAAGAAAACAGCGCAGAGGGGCGAGUGGUGA